AUGUCCGGCACAGAGCAAGAGUGGAAGCCCAAGAUUCGGCCUCAGUCGACCAUGGCGCAGGCCUUUUCCAGCGCUUUGGACAGCGCAUUCUCGCUCGACAGCGAUGUAAACCACCUCUCCCAGACCGUCGACCAGAAGAAACAGUACAUGAUGAUUCAAAGCCGUGAGCUUGAGGCUCUGCAGCAACGUAUCCGCGAGGCCGAAGAGCGGCUUAAGCUCCAAGGGGUCUCACAGUCAACCCGAGGACAUAGCCAGACAACCGGUAAGGAUGAGUCAUCUCGGUCAUCCCUGUAA